AUGACGUUAAGAGACAAAUAUCUAGCAGAACUAGAAAAAAGAAACGACGAUCAGAAUUAUAUUCACAUACGUAAAGCAUAUAAUUUCAUAUCAAUUGGUCCAACUAAACCCAAAAAUCAAGUCAACCAAAAUAAUUUAGAUUCUAUUUCAGAUCGUGAAAUUUUACAGCAAAAUCAAUUUAAUAAUUUAGAAUCCAAAACUCCAAGUUUAAAAAUAAAUAAAAAUCUAACGAAUAUCGAACAUAUUGGCCAAGCAAAUGCAAAUUCAAAUUUUAGAAAAUCCAAUACUAUUGGGGUAAAUGAGUUACCAAACUCAAAACAAAAUACAGUUUUAAUUCCAAAUAGUGAACCACCUCAAAUUGAAACUACAAUAGAACCCAACUUUAUAAUUUCAAAUACAUCAAUUGAAAAUCCUGAUCAAUUAAUGAAUGUAAAUAGAAAUCCUCCAUUUUUAGGUACUGGUUCAAGAAAUAAAAAUUUGUAUUCUAUUACCACCCAAAAAAAACGUGAUAAACUUAAAAUUUUUAUAUCAAGAACUAAACAAUCUAUUCAUAGUCAUAGUCAUAGCUUAGAUAAUGUUGGUAGGUUUAAAUUUAAGGAAAAAUUUGGAAAAACUGAAAGUAAUGUUGAUAAAAGAUAA